CGGGGAGGCGGACGGGCGACGCGCGCGGCGCGGAGGAGGCGGCGGCCGGGGAGCGGGAGGCGGGGAGGCCGGGGGAGGCGGGAGGCGGGGAGGCGGGGAGGCCGGGGGAGGCGCCGCCGCCAGCCGCCCGCCCCUUUCCGCCCGGAGCCGCCGCAGCCGCAGGAGCCGCGCAGCCGCCGCCGCCGCCGCCGCCGCCGCCGCGCCUCGCAUGCCGGGGGGCUCCGGGGCGUAACCGCGCGCCCGGCGCCGCCUCCGGCCCCCGCCGCCCCGCCAUGGGCUGCUGCAGCUCCGCCUCCUCGGCCGCGCAGAGUUCCAAGCGAGAAUGGAAGCCCCUGGAGGAUCGUAGCUGCACAGACAUACCGUGGCUGCUGCUUUUCGUCCUCUUCUGCAUUGGGAUGGGAUUUAUUUGUGGCUUUUCAGUAGCAACAGGUGCAGCAGCAAGACUAGUGUCAGGAUACGACAGCUAUGGAAAUAUCUGUGGGCAGAGAAAUGCAAAGUUGGAAGGAAUGCCAAACAGUGGCAUGGACCACACCCACCGGAAGUACGUGUUCUUUUUGGAUCCAUGCAAUCUGGACUUGAUAAACCGGAAGAUCAAGUCUGUAGCACUGUGUGUGUCAGCAUGUCCAAGACAAGAACUGAAAACUUUGAGUGACGUUCAGAAGUUUGCAGAGAUCAACGGCUCAUUACUAUGUAGCUACAACCUAAAGCCUUCUGAAUAUACCACAAGUUCAAAAGCUUCUGUUCUCUGCCCUAAACUCCCAGUGCCUGCGAGUGCACCUAUUCCAUUCUUCCAUCGCUGUGCUCCUGUGAACAUUUCCUGCUAUGCCAAGUUUGCAGAGGCCCUGAUCACCUUUGUCAGUGACAAUAGUGUCUUACACAGGCUGAUUAGUGGAGUAAUGACCAGCAAAGAAAUUAUAUUGGGACUUUGCUUGUUGUCACUAGUUCUGUCCAUGAUUUUGAUGGUGAUAAUCCGGUACAUAUCAAGAGUGCUUGUCUGGAUUGUAACAAUUCUGGUCAUAUUGGGUUCGCUUGGUGGCACAGGCGUCCUGUGGUGGCUGUACGCAAAGCAAAGGAGGUCUCCCAAAGAAACAGUGAUUCCUGAGCAGCUCCAGAUAGCUGAAGACAAUCUGAGAGCCCUCCUCAUCUACGCCUCUGCAGCUACAGUGUUCACAGUCAUCUUGUUCCUGAUAAUGCUGGUCAUGCGCAAGCGUGUGGCUCUCACUAUUGCCUUGUUCCACGUGGCUGGCAAAGUCUUUAUUCACCUGCCGCUGCUAGUCUUCCAGCCCUUUUGGACUUUCUUUGCCCUAGUCCUGUUUUGGGCAUAUUGGAUCAUGACGCUACUCUUUCUUGGCACUACAGGCAGUGCUGUUCAGAAUGACAAAGGCUUUGUGGAGUUCAGAGUGUCUGGGCCUCUGCAGUACAUGUGGUGGUACCAUGUGGUGGGCCUGAUCUGGAUAAGUGAAUUUAUUUUAGCAUGUCAGCAGAUGACAGUGGCAGGAGCCGUGGUGACAUACUACUUUACUAGGGAUAAGAGGAAUUUGCCAUUUACUCCCAUUCUGGCGUCAGUGAGUCACCUCAUCCGCUAUCACCUGGGCACAGUGGCAAAAGGGUCUUUCAUUAUCACCCUGGUCAAGAUUCCACGAAUGAUCCUUAUGUAUCUGCACAGCCAACUUAAAGGAAAGGAAAAUGCUUGUGCUAGAUGUGUGCUGAAGUCUUGCAUUUGCUGCCUUUGGUGUCUUGAAAAGUGCCUGAAUUACUUAAACCAGAACGCAUACACAGCUACAGCUAUCAACAGCACCAAUUUCUGCACCUCAGCAAAGGACGCCUUUGUCAUUCUUGUGGAGAAUGCUUUGCGAGUGGCUGCCAUCAAUACAGUGGGGGAUUUCAUGUUAUUCCUGGGCAAGGUGCUGAUAGUCUGCAGCACAGGCUUGGCUGGGAUCAUGCUGCUCAACUACCAGCAGGAUUACACGGUCUGGGUGCUGCCUCUGGUCAUCGUCUGUCUCUUCGCUUUCCUAGUUGCUCAUUGCUUCCUGUCCAUUUACGAGAUGGUGGUGGACGUAUUAUUUUUGUGUUUUGCCAUUGAUACAAAAUACAAUGAUGGGAGCCCUGGCAGGGAAUUUUACAUGGAUAAAGUACUGAUGGAGUUUGUGGAAAACAGUAGGAGAGCAAUGAAAGAAGCUGGUAAGGGAGGUGUUGCUGACGCCAGAGAGCUUAAACCCAUGGCUUCAGGAGCAAGUUCUGCUUGAACCUAGCCGACCGUUAUGGAACCCCUUGACAUUCCAAAACAAUAUAUACACAUGACUAUGUAUCUGUGUGUGUGGGUGUGUGUGUAUAUAUGCAUAUAUAUAUGUGUGUAUAUAUACACACACACAUACCUAUAUAUACAUACACCCACACACAUGAUCAGCCAAAAUCAGAGAACAGGAACAGGGAUUUCAUGCCUUUCAAGCUUAUUUUUGUCAGACACGUCCUCCUCCCUAUCAUACGGCCGGCAACUGCCGUCAUGUGAUGUCUCGAUUGUAACUGUCUUAAUGGAGAUGUUAAGAUUCAUAUCUGAUUAACAUUUUUAAUAACUUAGAGGAUAUUUUCACUUUAGUUAUUCAAAUUAGGUUUUAUAUAUAUAUAUAUAUAUAUACAUAUAUAUAGUACGGAAUUCUUUGUCUAAAAUCUAUUCAGAGGUGAUUUCUCUGAAGUGUGCAUCAAAUCAAGAUCUUAUUUUACUGAUGUGUAAGUCCUAGUGUAUAAAACUAGGGCCAUGUGUUCAGAUAAAUAAGGGAUUACUCCUAAUCACUUCUCCCCAAUCAAAAAAGCCAUGCCAUUUUACUUUUAUAAACAUAACCAGUGGAUACAAUGUGGGAAUUUUCAUAAUAUCUCAUGCAUUUUGUCAGUCAACAUUGAAAAGUAACCAACUCCUCAGGUAUCUGUAGUUUACCCUAAUGCUUCUAUAAGAGAGUAGGUUAAAAAAAAAAAAAGUAGAUAAUCUUUCUUAUGCAAACUUUUUCCUGAUACGUUGUCUUUUAAUUUUGACGUUAGUAGCAUCUUCCCACACAUCUGUGUGCCUGAUUUGAAAGGAGCUGGAGAACCAGCACAUUUAGCCAGUAAGUGUCUGUGUGUUGAUUUGAAGACUAAAUAAUGCUGGGAGAAAUAAAGAAGCAAGAGAAAUCUGGAACAGAAGUAUUGCAAAUCCCAGUGUUUGGGCUUGUGAAAAGCAUCAGUGACUUAGGGCUAAAUGGCUGUUUAUUCAAAUGCUUGCUAGUCAGUCUGAAAACAUACUGGCAAUCCAUUGAGUAGAUAGAAUUCUACGACGUUUAACUGAAGAAUCAGUUCAUGUUUUGAUUUUCCACUGUUGAAUAUUCUUUUUGUUUGGGGGUAGGAUUGGGGUUUUUUUUGUUUGUUUGUUUUUGGUUUUUUUCCUUCCUGAAGCUUACCAGAUAUGAAUGGCUAAUAUUCCAUCGUUCUGCUUAUUGUAAUGGUGAAUGCUUUAAAAAAAUGUAAUUUGCUAAGAAUAAUUCAUGAUCUGUUUAUGCGAUAACUCCUUUUUGUUACACCUUUUUUAAAAAAAGCUAUUUUUGUUAAUGUAAAGUAAAUAUUUCAGAGCAAAUUUUUUAAACUUAUUGCACUAAAUAUAGGCUCUGUACAAAAAAAAAAAAAGAAAAGAAAAAAAAAGCCUCAGCAUUUUAUCAUUCCAUAGAAGGAGAAUCUUUUGGAAGAAAGCAUUGCCUUCUGUCAGAACCAGACCAGAUCAUGGAACUGCGUGCAAUUCCUGUCACUAGGGCUUCACAAGCAACUGCUUGCGAAUGUGCUUCCUUUCAAAGGGUUGAACCUUUAUAUUGCUGCAAAGGUAAACUGUAUCUUUUUUAAGUACUUGUGUCCUUUAGCUAGGCUAAAACUUGCUAACCACUUUGGUUUCGUUUCAAAGCUCAUGUAAUAUUUCUGAUUUUUCAGAAUAUUUGCAAUAAGAGUCUGAAUUUAAAAAUAUAUAGAUAGAGCUCAUGUCUUGGCAAGAUCUGGGUGAGAGUAGUCACUCCGGAACAAUUCUUCUCCAGAAGUUAACAUCUACUGUCAGCAAACAGUAUCAUUGUCCUCUUUUAUAUCAUUUGAAAAGGAAUAACUAUAAUCAUGUCACUAAUAAUUCUCCAAAUAGAUGAGAGAGCAAAUCAUAUAAGAAUAUGCAGAAUGCCUUCUGUUUAAAUGGCGGCAUAUUUUUUGGAUGUUAAGUGACUUUGGGAACUAAAAUUAGAAUUGAAAAUCUGGAAGAUGGCUAUCAAAACAGAAGAUAUGCCAGGAGCUAACUAUUUUAGGAAGUAUCCCUUCAAAAUGGCCUGAUGGAAGUCCUGAAUUUGGAAAUCAGAUUCUACUCACUUGGACAUCCCAACAUCACGGACUCUUUGCUGCUCCCUGUUCAUUUGCUCACAAUCUCAGCUAUUUGGAAGCCACCAGGAAUGCUUUCUAAUUAUCAUCUGCAACUAGCACUGUAAUCAAAAAGAAAUUUUGUAUUUUUGUAUAACUUGACUGUGUGCCAUUUUCUAUAACAGGUCCCUGUUUUACAAAUAAAUUUCGUUUUACUAACA